AUGUUGAUUUUAUUAAUAUUCUCGUGUCGAAGUAGUAUCUGUGUUAGAAAUAAAAAUGAAUGCGGUUAUAAGCAAUGUCCCAUGACCCGCGAUGGUGCGUUGAACGUCCACUUAGUCCCACACUCCCACAUGGACGCCGGGUGGGUCAAGACCUUUGACCAAUACUACUAUGGCACGAAAUCUACAAUCAGCUCGGCCAAUGUGCAACUCAUAUAUCACUCGGUUUUGUCGGAAUUACUACAUGACAAACGGAGGAAGUUCACAUUCUCCGAGUCAUCCUACUUCUGGCGCUGGUGGAAGGAGCAGCGCCCGCCCACCAGGGUGACCUUCCGCACCCUGGUCCAGGAGGGUCGGGUGGAGUUCGCCGGCGGGUCCUGGGUUCAGAACGACGAGGCUACGGUGGAUUACUUGCAAAUUAUUGAUCAGUACACGUGGGGAUUGAGGAAACUGAACGACACCCUGGGCCCGUGUGGGAAACCCAAAUCGGCUUGGCAAAUCGACACCUACGGCCACUCCAGGGAACAGGCGUCCUUGCUGGCGCAGAUGGGAUAUGAUGGGCUGUUUCUUGGCCGCGUAGAUUACAAAGAAAGAGAAGCUAUGAUGGAAGAGGACAGAAUGGAAUUCAUGUGGAGGGGCAGUGAUGUUUUAGGCAAGAUGUCGGAUAUAAUGACCCACACACUGUUCAAUUUGUACAACGCUCCAGACGGGUUUUGCUUCGACUUUCUCUGCAGCGACGAACCCGUAGUGGAUGACUCGGACAACGUGGCCUACAAUGCUGAUAAACGGGUCAACGACUUUAUUGCUCAAAUAGAGCGGCAGGCAAAAUACUACGACCACGACAACAUCCUGGUCACCAUGGGGGGAGAUUUCACCUACCAGAGCGCCGCCAACUGGUUCCUCAACAUGGAUAAACUUAUCAACCACGUAAACACGCACCCGGCCAACUUGUCCGAUAUAAACAUUUUCUACUCGACGCCAUCUUGUUUUCUGAAAGCCAUUUAUCUGUACGGGAGGAGAGAUAAGGCUGUUUUUACAGAGAGGGAGGAUCUUUUUCCUUACGGCAGCGAUCCUAAUACGUACUGGACUGGCUUCUACUCUUCAAGGCCAGCCUUCAAGUAUCUGGCGAGGCGGGCACAUGUGUUUUUGCAGGUUGUCAAACAGCUGUCAGUGCUGGGCCGAGCGAGCGAUUCGUAUGAGCUGCAUGUGUUAAGGCACGCUGUAAGCCUCGCACUACACCAUGACGCUGUUACUGGAACAAGCCAGCAACACGUUACAAAUGAUUUCUUGAAAAUGCUCACGGAAGCCAUUGAUUUGUGCACCAAGAAGAUAUCCAGUGUAUUAAGCAAUUUAACCCCGACGUGGGUAGGCAGCAGACGCACAAAGAAUCAUCAGCAGUUCAUCAUUUGUCAUCAAAUGAAUAUGAGCCAAUGCAGGUUCUUCGAAACCCAAGAAUCAGCUAUAAUUCUAGUGUACAACGCGCUGAGCGUGAAGACCUACCACCACAUCAGGUUACCAGCGGUGGCACUGCAUUAUUCCAUCAGGGAUUACAAUGAUGAUGAAGUGGAGUAUCAGCUGGUACCAUUGCCAACAGCCGUCAUCAACCUGCCGGGCAGGAGUUCCACCACCAUCCAGGAGCUGGUCUUCGAGGCGGAGAACAUCCCGCCUCUGGGAUUCUCAGCUUUUAUUAUCAACUCUAUAAGAGAUCCUCUGGCUGAAAAUUCGUUUGCAAAGAAAUCGCAGACUAAUUCUGAUAACCUGGAGCAAGAAAUUACACCUUUCAUAUCAAACGAGUACAUGAAGGUGACAUUAAACAAGGAAACAGGUCUCCUGGAGUCAGUUCAGCACAUGGACGGCAUCAACAUCCAGCUGACGCAGAACUUCUUCUUCUACAGCCAGGUCCAGCAGCAGGGGUUGCAGUCAGGAGCUUACACCUUUAGACCUGGACAGGAUAAGGCAACUCCUAUAUCGGAGAAAGCGACGUUCCAAGUGAUCAGGGGUUCCCUGGUGAAGGAGAUACGUCAGCGUUUCAGCGACUGGGUGACACAGGUCAUCAGGCUAUACCGCGGAGAGGAAUUCUUGGAGCUGGAGUGGAUGAUAGGACCAGUGCCCAUUGGAACGGAUCUUGGUAAAGAAGUGGUCAGCGUGUUCACCACGAACAUCACCAAUAACGGAGAAUUCUUCACCGACUCCAACGGCAGGCAGAUGAUGAAGAGGUCUUGCUGGAAUGAGACUACCAGUCAACAGCAGAAGAGGUCCCUCCCAUCCUGUUACUACCCAGUGACCUCCCGCAUCUGCGUACACUCCUCCAACACCAGUGUUGAACUGUGCGUGUUGACCGACAGACCUCAGGGGGGCACGUCUUAUCAAGAAGGGCAAAUUGAGUUGAUGGUCCACAGAAGACUGUUGACUGACGACGGCUUCGGUUUAGAAGAGUCCCUGAACGAAGAAGCCCAUGGGGUGGGUUUGGUCGUAAAAGGAAAGCACAGGAUUAUAUUCGGCAACUAUCGACAUGUUGUUGAUGACUUGUCCUUCUCCGAGCGAGUGAGUCAGUCGGCGCGGCGCUGGUUAUUUGAGCCCUGGAUUUUCCUCACAUCCGGAGACAAGGUGAACAGGAGGAAAUGGCAGAACAUCAGGAACAAACGGUAUUCUCCACUACAUCUCCACGCACUUCCUCGCCACGUCCACAUCCUGACGCUGGAGCCGUGGAAGGCUGGCUCCGUUCUGCUGAGACUCGAGAACACCCUGGAGAAAGCUGAUAGAGGCCACUCGAGAACAGAAAAAGGGGAAGGCAUAGAAGAGCUUCCGAAAUCCUCUCACAUCACCGUGGACCUCCGGAAGAUCUUCCUGUUGCCAGUCGGGAAUAUCCGGGAGACCACUCUAGCUGCUAACCAGUGGUUGGAUGACGCUCGGCAGAUGGAUUGGAGCACGAGAUAUGUGUACAGCGGAGGAGAUGAUGGCAUUCUGCCAGAAGAUAUAGACUAUGGUGAAGAUAAAUCUAUGAAAAUUCAAGAAACCAGCACAACAUCCGACGAAGAGACAGAUUACUCGACCAAAAACACGAAGAAACAUUCAAACAGAAAUAAAAAGAAAAAUCUGCAUUACGAUUAUGACAGAAGAAAACGAUCAGCCAAUAUCACUGAAAUUAUUACUGAUAUAACAAAUUUCACUAAUUUCGUUAACGAUAAACAACUUACAGCAAAUUCUAAUAACGUAAAUAGAACAAACCUUAUUGUUGAAACUAAAGAAUUGAAUAUAACUGAAGAUGUAGCUUUGACGGCUGUGAAAAGGGCUAAGGCGUUAGAUGUCACGGCUAAAAAGCAGAGAGCUAAGAACCGAUUUGAUGUAAAUCCAGAUUUAGACUCGUCCGAAGAAGAUAUUGGUUAUUCGAGGAAUUUCAGAAGAAAAGCUGAACGUGGUAGUUUGAAAACGAAUAGAGAUACAGAAAUACACGACGACACAGAUGACGGAGUGACCAAAUCUAUAUACGAGAUGUAUUACAAAACUAAACCCAGGUCAAAAUCUGCCUUCAAACCGUUCAUUCGUAACUCAGAAGAGGACACCACACACAGACUUAAGAAAGAGCAUGGAAGGUACAAAAGUAGAAGAGUAACAACAACAGAAGAUUACGACUCAUAUGAAUCAACUAGCCGAAAACCUAAAAGGAAAAGAUCAAGAAAGAAGAGUCGCGUUAAAUCAGACGACCUGUCAUCGUACUUCGCCGACCACAAGAAGAGAGAUUUCAGCGCAGAAGACAGACUGGAGGACACUUUGAAGAGAGAUGGAGAUACGCGGAGAAUCAGAGGAUCGCCCAGCCAGAAGACUAGACUUAGAAGACGCAAAGUUUCAUACGACUCGCAAGACUACGACCUGCCUAACUCCAGCUUCGAACGAGACCAAGCCAAUGACGAUGAUGAUGGACGCGCCGGCGAGAGGAAGAAGCGAGCAAUGCCCAACGAUGACGGGGAGCCAAGAAUUGAUUCAUCAUAUUCAGAUCAAGAUUCAGAAGAAUACCUGGUCACUUUGAGACCGACACAGAUACGAACCUUCGUCGUGUGGUUUCAAGCUGCGAAGAAAAUUUAAUAGAAAUAAGGAAGAAGUAAAAUAAAAACAUAUAUACCACUAGCUGUCCCGGCAAACGUUGUUUUGCCAUAUAAAUAAUUUCUAAGUAAUUUCUAGUUAAAAAAACAUGUUAAGGGUGGACAACCCUUAUCAUUAAGGGGUAUGAAAUAGAUGUUGGCCGAUUCUCAGACCUACUCAAUAUGCUCACAAAAUUA